UAUAAAUGAAGUACUUCCUUCAUAGUUGCCAUUGUAGGCUAUUCACACUUCACAGCCGUUGCCAAAGCAGGCUGAGCGAGACUCUGAGAGCAAGGAAUUCUUUUUUCACUGCAUCAAACUACUUAUCUUGAAAAUGCAUCCAGUUCCAAAACAUCUUUUGCUUUUAAUAAUAAUGUCGGUCCUGCCAUCAAGCUUGGCACAGGUCACCCCAGCGGCAACAGCGCCCCCCACAUUUGCCCCAGUCACCCCAGCGGCAACAGCGGCCCCCACAUUUGCACCAGUAACCAACUCAUCGCAAACCACCACCAUCACACCAGUAGGACCAGCGCCAACAGCGGCCCCCACAACUACACCAGCCAACACAUCACAAACCACCCCCAUCGCACAAGUAACCACUGCACCCACAACCGCAUCAGUAACCCACAUAUUACAAGCCACCACCAUCACAUCAGGAACCACCACAUCGACAACCGGAUCAGUAACCAACACAACACACACCACCACCGUCACACCAGUAACGACGGCAUCGACAACUGGAUCAGUGACCACCACAUCGCAAACCACCAGAAUUACACCAGCAACGACCACAGCCACAACCAUAUCAGCAAUCAACACAUUACUGACCACUCCAGGUUUACCAGUUCGAGUUGUUGGACUUAAAGUGAAAUUUAGCACAGCUCUAGUCUUGGACACUCCAAACACCAAUAUGAUUUUGCAACAAGUGAAACAACAGCUGGUCAGUUCCGGUCUCUCGGGCAACAUUGGUGUAAAGUUAAGAACCCUGCAAAGGUUAUAAAUACUAGAUAAACCGUGUUGGGGAGGUUACUUUGGAAAUGUAAUAGAUUACCGAUUACAAAUUAACCUAUUUAAAAUGUAAUAAGGAGUGUACCUUUUCAAUUACUUUAUACAAGUAACUGAUUACAUCUGGUUACUUUUUGAUGACUUUUAAAGUUCUAAUAGAUAUUUUUAACUAAAACAUUCAACCCAGGCUCAUUCUGAAAAUGUAGUCCAGCGGACGUUUCUGGAGACUGCGAAAUACAUCCCGGGAGGUACGUAUUUUUGCACGAGAGGCCGCUGUGUGCGCUUUUUCGUAUCUCGAACGUCUCUCGUGAGUGCCGUUCGCGCCCGCGCUGUUCUCACAUCAACCCACCAGAGGCCGCUGUCUGACUGAUCAAAUGAUUGACUGCGCGACAACCCACCCUCUUUCUUCCCUACACCCAACCAGUUUUACAGAUUGACCCGCCCACCAGCUCACUUCCCUAAACCCGAGCAACAAUUUAAAAAAGCUGUCUUGAAAAAGAAAAGCCCUCGUCUUGUUUUUCACCACAUUUUCGGAUUUCACCACGUUCUCACCCAGUUAUGAACUUGUUCACUUUAUUUUUUGGAUUCUGCUUUUGUCUUACCUGAUUUCUGGAACAGCUCUUCCCCGGAUUCGAACCCGGUCGCCGUCAUCAACUCCUCGUCUCUGCAUCUCAAAUCUGCGGACACACACGAUGAGCUGACCGGACAAACUGACUGCAGCGGGAAAGCCCUCCACACGGAGGUAAGCGGUCAGCCGGUAAGCGCAAAAGGGAACGGCGUCACACCGCCCCGUAGCGUUCGCUCAAAAUGCAGCCAUACGUACCGCCCAGGACAUAUUUCGCGGUCUCCAGAAACAUCCACAGGACUACGUUUUCAGAAUGAGCCUGGGUUGAAAACAUUUUGAAGCAGGUGAAACCUUACAGUAAAAUCACUUACAUUAAGAUUAUAUUAAUUUAAUUUUAAAGUACAGCCAACACAAAAACAGACCUUAUAAUAAGAAAAUUUUCACUGUUGUUACAAAAUCUUAAUUUUAGUUUGCAAUUUUAAAUCAAAGCAACUUAAAUCCAAGUCAAUCACAUGUUAGUGAUCAAUAAAACUGUCAAUGAAACAUAUGAGGCAGAAUUAUUCAGUUCAGUUAUUUACUGUAAAUAAUAUGCUGUACCAAACAGAAACAAAUUCUGGUAUAAAUAACAGCAAACACAACAAUUCCAAUAAAACCAGGUGUUACACAUUAAAAUACUAUAGUCAUUUAUAUUAAAGGGAAAUAUUUAAGAAUGAGCAUUAUAUUGUACAUAAAUUUACAACUCUUCAUUAAUACAUUACACUACAUCAUGUAGCAUCAUUAGUAACUAUCAUGAACUAAUUACAUUAUUAUACUAUAGACUAAAGAUCUUGAGAGUGUAAUUUGUGAAGUAAUUGUUCAGUAAAUCAGAUGUUUUUUUAGCGAAUCAGCUGAAUCAUUUGUGUCUUUAUCUUAUGAUUUGGUUUAAAUAUUGUGGAUAUUUUUUCAUUUUACUUAAUAGUAGUGCUUUUGCGUUAUUAUUUUGGUCUGGAUUGCUUGUUCUUCAUAAAUCAGUUUGCAUUUUGCAGAAUAAAUAAAUGAAAUAUAAAUGUUUUUUUUUUAAAGUUGGCAUUGGUCUACCAUUUUUGGAUAGACUUUUCCUUUAAAGGGAUGGUUCACCCAAAAAUGAAUAUCAUCAUUUAUUCACCCUGAUGUGAUUUUAAACCUUUAAGUUUCUUAAUGUUGUUGAACACAAAAUAAGAUUUUUAAGAAUGCUGGUUGCUGGCACCUAUUAAAUUCAAUAAAAGGGGGAAAGUUAUUGAAAUCAGUUAUUGAAAGCUAUUGAAAUCAAUGGGUGCCAGCAACCAGCCAUUUGUCAAAGUCUCUUCUUUUAUGUUCAACAGGAGAAAGAAACUCCUAAUAGGGGUUGAGCUAGUGAAUGGUGAGUAAAUGAUGGCAAGAUUUUUGUUUUCAUUGUAUUCCUUUAUUGCUUUAUGUCAGGUUACCAGUGUUGACAUGCAAAGAGUUUAUCUUUUGUGUAAACUAUCAGACUGAUCUAAAUGAAUCAUGAAAGUGAACCAGUUUUUCUUCUGUUUCUAUUUACUGUAUCUGCCAACAGCAUUGCAAACAUGUUCAGUCAUUUUAGUCACACCUCCUUUAUAUUAUCAUCUUAAAUCAUAUUAAGUUGCAUUAAAUCAUUAAAAAUAAACAUUAAACAACAUUUAUUGUAAUAAACAUUGCUGUAUUAAUGUAACUGUACUAAUAAAUGUAUACAACACCA